CAGCCCAGCCGGGGAGUUCCAGCAGUUGGCUCGUUGCACUUAUCACCAUCCGCCUAAACCCCACGGAAUAUUCAGAGCUGUCACCCCGCGUCUCCCGUAACCCCGUCGUGGCUCUUCCAAAGCCCUCUUUCAGCGCAGGAUCUUUCGGUCCUCUGGACUCGCCAAUCGCUUCAAACUGGAUCUGGAAAUGUCUGCAACACUUUUAUCCGCCUUCUACGACAUUGAACUGUUCUGCAAGAACGAGAAGGUCCUGAACAAUCUGAACCUGAGUAACAUGCUGGAUAAGAAGGCGGUGGGGAGCCCGGUGAGCUCCCCGAACUCCAACUUCAUCCCGGGCUUUCUCCGCAGACACUCGGCCAGCAACCUCCAAGCUCUGAGCAACAACAACUCGCCCCCGAAAUUCUGCAGCAACCACCUGAAGGAGCCGAGCGGCAGCACCGCCCUGAUGAACAAAGAGAACAAGUUUCGGGACCGCUCGUUCAGCGAGAACGGGGAGCGCAGCCAGCACCUCUUGCAUCUCCAGCAACAGCAGCAACAACACAAGUCCGGGGCGCAGAUCAACUCCACCCGCUACAAGACCGAACUGUGUCGGCCCUUCGAGGAGAGCGGAGCCUGUAAAUACGGCGAGAAGUGUCAGUUCGCGCACGGAUACCACGAGCUCCGCAGCCUGACCCGACACCCCAAGUACAAGACCGAGCUGUGCCGCACCUUCCACACAAUCGGCUUCUGCCCGUACGGACCCCGCUGUCACUUCAUCCACAACGCCGAGGAGAGGAGACAGGCUCCCGGGGACGCCUUUAACUGCCAGCGGCCCAAGCUGCACCACAGCCUCAGCUUCUCGGGCUUCUCUAACCACGGCCUGGACUCCCCCCUGCUGGAGAGCCCAACCUCUCGCACCCCACCGCCUCAGUCCUCCGGCUCUCUGUACUGCGAUGAAGCGGCACCCUGUGCUAACAAUGCCUUCACCUUCUCCGGCCAGGAGCUUGGUCUCAUUACCCCGCUGGCCAUUCAGACCCACAACCUGUCGACCUUCCACCCGGCCGCCUUCUGCCGCCAGCAGUCAACCUCCAGCUCCCCACCACCCACUAUCAACUUCCAGCCCCUGAGACGCCUGUCCGAGUCACCGGUGUUUGAUAAUCCCCCCAGCCCCCCGGAGUCUCUUUCUGACCCGGAGAGUUAUCUGAGCGGCUCCCUGAGCUCUGGCAGCCUGAGCGGCUCUGACUCCCCCACCCUGGACUCGAACCGGCGCCUGCCUAUCUUCAGCCGCCUGUCCAUCAGUGAUGACUGAGCCAAGCGGGACGGGCUGAACCAACUGGGUGAGUGGCGGGGGGACACGACUACCCCCUCCCCGGGCUGGUGUGGGAAGAUUUUUUUUUUUCUCUUAACAUUUGGGCCAGAAAACCAAGGCUCCGCCCACCACUUGUCUUGCUAACAAGUUGCUGCAAAAUCUGCAGCUGCUGCAGAACCUCUUGGGUCACCCCAACCUGUCAAUCAACCCACCAAGAGGCCAAGACAAUGACUAAUGUUUUUUUUUUUCUCUCCCAAGAUGCUCUGCAGCAGCAUUGGGGGAUUUUGCUUUUGUGGGGAUUCUGGACUUGAUGAGGGUUUGCUCCAUGUCCCCCCUCCCUGCCUAUUUCAUGAAAGCGGUGAUAUGAGGGGCUACCAAUGGCCUUGAUUAUGCUGGGUCAGUGAGAUGGUGAUUUGCCCCCCUCUGCCCACAGAAAGCUGCCAGUCUGUCCCCUUGUUGCCCCACUCGCAAAGUGCUACAAAGACUCAGGAGGGGGGGAGAAAGGAGGAUGACGCAUAUCUGCAUCUAAUCACAGCUAAAAGAGACUGAACACUUGAACUGUUUGACGCUGGCACUCGAUUUCCCUAUAACUGAUUUUCUUGUUUGCCUUUUUAAUGCCUCUGCCAUUUUUUUUUUUUUUUAUUUAAUGGAAAGCAGAGCCGGAAAAAAAAAAGACUCAAGAAAAUAAUCUGUAAAGCUGAACAAAAAGAAAAAGAGAAAAAAAAAAAAACAACCAACAAACCAGCGAAACAAUAUUUGCAAAAGGGCAAAUGUAUCGAACAGAACAAAA